AUGGCGGACAUCGUAAAACAGAUCAUAGCAAGACCGAUUCAAUUGGCAGACCAAAUCGUAAAAGAGGCAGAUUUUGCUUGCUCAUUCAAACAAGAUUGCGCCGAUAUCAAAAGCAGGACAGAGAAACUUGGUGUUCUCCUCCGACAAGCCGCACGUUCAAGCAAUGACCUUUAUGAACGACCCACCCGCCGGAUCAUCGAUAAUACAGAACAGAUUUUAGACAAGACUCUGCAACUUGUAUUCAAAUGCAGAGCUAAUGGCUUACAACGGGUGUUCACCAUCAUCCCCGCCGCCGCCAUUAAGAAAUUUUCACAGCAGAUUGAGAAUUCAAUCGGAGACGUGUCAUGGCUCCUCCGUGUCUCAACUCCGGCGGAGGAACGUCACGAUGAGUGUGUUGGGUUGCCGCCUAUUGUAGCCAAUGAGCCAAUGCUUUGCUUGAUAUGGGAGCAAAUUGCAGUCCUUUGUUGUGGGACCCUUGAUGAUCGAGCCGAUGCAGCGGGAUCACUUGUUUCAUUGGCACGUGAUAAUGAUAGAUACGGUAGAUUGAUUGUAGAAGAAGGUGGUGUGCCACCUCUUUUGAAACUAGCUAAAGAAGGUAGAAUGGAAGGGCAAGAGAGCGCGAUUCGAGCAAUAGGUUUGCUCGGUCGUGACGCAGAGAGCGUCGAACAAAUCGUCAAUGCAGGCGUCUGUUCGGUGUUCGCAAAAAUACUUAAAAAAGGGCACAUGAAGGUUCAAAUUAGUGUCACAUGGGCCAUAUCCGAGUUAGCAGCCAACCAUCCAAAAUGUCAAGACCAUUUCUUGCAAAACAACACGAUUCGGUUACUCGUGAGUCAUUUAGCAUACGAGACGAUUGAAGAACAUAGCAAAUACACGAUUGUUAACAAAAACAAUAUGCCAAACAAUAUGCCAUCGAUGCAUGCGGUUGUUGUCGCGAAUUCGGAUCACAAUGCUAAGAAUUUGCAAGAUAACAACGAUAAGUGCCACGUGGCACGUCCCGGUGGUCUAGAUUCAAGUGAAAUGCAUCAAACGAGUAAUAGUGUUACCAUUAAAUCGGGGCCUAGUAUGAAGGUAAAUCAAACCUCACCACAACAACGAAGAGAAAAGAGUAGAAGACGUGUUGCAUUGCCAGGGGCAAGCAUCAAAAGGAGGGAAUUCGAAGAUCCGGCCACAAGAGUUGAAAUGAAGGCGAUGGCGGCUCGAGCCCUAUGGCACCUUUGCGCCGAUAACUUCUCCAUUUGUAAAACAAUAACAGAAUCCCGAGCACUUUUGUGCUUUGCAGUUCUCUUGGAAAAAGGUGAAGAUGAAGUAAAAUAUAACUCAACAAUGGCAUUGAUGGAAAUCACUGCGGUGGCUGAACGUCAAGCUGAGUUGCGACGUUCAGCCUUUAAGCCAACGUCCCCAACAGCUCGUGAGGUUGUGGACAAGCUGCUUAAAAUUGUUAACAAAGGAGACUCGGAUCUCCUUAUCCCAAGCAUCCAAUCAAUUGGAAACUUGUCCCGCACAUUUCGAGCCACUGAAACGAGGCUCAUCCCUCCUUUGGUGAGGCUUCUUGAUGAGAGGGAAUCUGAGGUGUCAGCAGAGGCAGCUAUUGCACUUAUAAAGUUCGCAUGCACGGAUAACUAUUUGCACGUGAACCAUUGCAAGGCGAUAUUAGAGGCGGGAGCGCCUAAGUACUUGAUUCAACUAACUUAUUUUGGGGAACAAAUGGCACAGUUACCGGGCUUAAUUCUUCUUUGCUAUAUCGCGUUACAUGUGCCCGAUAGCGAGACAUUAGCUCAAGAAGACGUGCUGAUUGUGCUUCAAUGGGCGUUGAAACAAGGUCAUUUAAUGCAAGAUUCUUCUUUAGAAACACUUGUUUUGGAAGCCAAACAGAGAUUGGAGAUUUUUCAAUCGAGGGCAUUAUAUUGA